GGAUUAGCGAUAAUCUUCUACAGUAUAAACUCUUAAGAAUAUCACACACAUCUACACCUAACCUGACCCAUCACCCGCAUCAAACUCACAGGCAAGUGGUGACUUUUUGCGGAGGUUCAUAGAUGUUCCUGCAUAAGCAUCUUCGUUAUAUCACCGGCUAGGAAUAUUGAACAUUCACGUACUUCUUUGCAUUUGCAACACAUCUUCAUAUUCUUUCACCAUACCAUACCAUCUUGGCUUCAUAUAUAAGUUGUAAAAAUGAAGCCCUACCUACUCCAAUACCACUCCCGUCCGAUGACGGCAGUGAAGUUCAACAAAGACGGCGACUUCUUCAUCACCGCAUCCAACGAUGGAAGAUGCUGUCUAGUCAGGACGGAAACCGGUGAGCGUAUCGGAACAUACGAAGGCCAUGAGGGUGCAAUGUAAAAUAAUCCACCCAUUUUACUCUACGACAAGUUGAGAUUUGAUUUUGUGAAAUAUUUGCUGGGCCUGACAAAGUUUUUUUUGAACAACGAAUAGCUCCUUCUUGUCCCUGAGUUAGCUGAAAAUUGAUCUAGGAAUUCUAUGUCUACUCCUGCCUACAAAAAUUACAGCAAAUCUUGCGACGUGGAUUUCGAGACACAGCUUGUUGUUACAGCAGGCGCCGACAGCAGAGUGGUUUUCUAUGACGCGGAAACCGGAGUUGUUGUUCACUCCUUGAACCACGGCGGAAUCGUGAAGUACUAUUUAUAUCAGAGUAGUUUAUAGUACGCAUGGUGCAUGGAGUGCAUGGAGCGCAGAGCUUUAAGGGGCGCAAGAAGCUCCCCCUUUAGCUCCAUGCUACUCCAUGUGAUCCAUGCACUCCAUGCCAUGCGAGCUGUGAAACCUUAUAAAUUGCUCUGUUAUAUCUUGAAGAUGAGUAGGACGGUGGAAAAGAUGCUUAGACCAACUAGUAUGCUGAUCAUUUACCUUUCUUUUUAGGUAACGCUCCUGAAAAGAACUUCGCUAUCAAGUGAAAAAAACUUAUAACUACGGAAAUCAGUGUCUAAGAUGUGUUUUAAACAAAAAACAACAACAGGUCAGUAGAGUUUAACCAGCACGCAGCGUGCCAGGAUAGAAUUGCAACGUGCGCCGAUAAGUUUAAGACAACGCCGAAUAAUAUUUCCGUGUAUCAGUUCGACUUCACCUCAGAUGAUCCAAUCUGCGAACGCGUUCUUUUCAUCGACAACGAUCUCCCGAUGAAGGCCACAUCGGUAUGAUGCCUCCCUACAAGCAAAUGUUACUGUCAAAUGCCAUUUCUGUGAUAAAUAGAUAUGUAGGUGACAUGCUUGUGAUGACGAAUAUGUUGACAACUACAACAUGUUCGAUGAUGAUUUUCAUGAUUGUAUGGCUUGGUAAGCUUUAAUAUCCUUUUCUUCUACAACAACAUUUACAGGUAAAGUGGGGCCCUUUUGACGAGACGCUGAUCAGUAUUCACGAAGAAGGAACAUUCUGUGUGUGGGAUAUCUCGCACAAGGCUUUGAUAAAAGUUGUGGAUGCCCAUCAGCAGCCUAUCAAAAGUCUUCAGUUCAAUGACAACAGGACAUUAAUGCUUACCGCAUCGCGAGAUAAAACAGUGAAGCUCUGGGAAACUCAGGAGUAUGGAUGCCUCAAGAAAUACACUUCAAACCGACCCUUCAAUGAUGCAGUGAUCAGCCCGCUCUACCAGGACCCAGUACAACUACUAUCUUCUGAUUUUAAGCUAAAUGUUUUUAUUUUGUCUUGUACUCGUUGAUCUCGACAGAUAAUCGCGCCCGGAAAGAAGAGGUCGUACCACGCAGAGAUACAUGCCUAUGUAGUUGUGCUAGGAAGAUAUCUUAUGCACAAAUAAUAUAGUUCUCAUUUCAAUUGCUGCCUCUGACAUAAAAAAAAGGUGAACCCGAAGUUUCAAAUUAUCGCGGGUGGUGGUGUGGAAGCUCGCGAGGUGACACAAACCACAGAGGGUGGCUUCGAGAGUGUGAUUUUCAACAUGGUGCUGGAAGAGGAGAUCGGAACAAUCAAGGGUCACUUCGGUCCAAUGAAUUGCAUCGCUAUUUCACCUGACGGAAGAAGCUACGUUACUGGAGGAGAAGAAGGUUUGGUGCGUCUGAUCCACUUCAGCAACGAGUACUUCAACAGAAAAGACAUCUAG